AUGCAGUUCUUCAACAUCAUAGACGGCAAGCGCCGAAGCAGCGAAAGACACCAUCAAUGUACCGAUCCACGCACGGAAGAGCCGCUGUGGAAUGCCCCGAUCGCCACGACUAAGGACCUCGAUGAGGCCGUGGCCGCAGCUAAGAGGGUUCUCAAGACAUGGUCCCAGACGUCGAACGCGCAGCGCUCCGAAUGUCUGCGCAAGAUUGUUGAGAUAUACACGGCUCACAAACAAGAGCUUAUGGAGAUUGUGAUGAAAGAGACCGGUAAAUCGAGCUUGAUGGCAGAGAUAGAAAUCGGCAAUACCUGCGAACAGACCUUAUACUACGCGAAGAAUAACCUAGAAGACGAAGUCACUUUCGAAGACGACAAACUCAAGAUCGUGGCAACACACGCCCCGCUAGGCAUCGUGGGCGCCAUCUGCCCCUGGAACUUCCCCCUGAUCCUCAGCAACAUCAAAGUCGUCUCCUCCCUCAUCACCGGCAACUGCGUCAUCGUCAAGCCCUCGCCCUUCACUCCUUACUCCGUCCUCAAGUCCAUCGAGCUCUGUAUCGAAGUCUUCCCUCCCGGCGUCAUCCAAGUCCUCAACGGCGGCGUCGACCUUGGCGUCGCCAUGACGCUGCACCCGGACAUAGCCAAGAUCAGCUUUACGGGCACUAUCGCCACGGGGAAGAGCGUGAUGACCAACUGCGCCAAGACGCUCAAGAGGCUGACCCUCGAGCUGGCGGGUAACGACGCUGCCAUAGUCACCGAAGACGUGGAUAUUAGGAACGUGGCAGGCCUUGUGGCAACCGGUAGCUUCUUCAACGCUGGUCAGAUGUGCGUCGCUACGAAGCGGGUGUAUGUCCACGAUUCGAUAUAUGACCAGUUCCUCAAGGCUUUUACGGCUGAAGCGCAGAAAGCUUUCACUGUCAACGAGAAUGCGGCGGCGCCCAGCUUAUUCGGACCCGUUUCGAAUAAGAUGCAGUACGAUAUCGUCAGGGAGAUCGUGGAAGACUGUAAGAAGAACGGAUACAACGUCGUCGCCGUAGACAGGCCGGUUGGUUCGAAGGGUUUCUGGGUUCCGCCGACCAUCGUCUCGAAGCCUCCCGAGGAUUCGAUGCUCGUCAGAGAAGAACAAUUCGGCCCGAUUAUUCCGAUCCUCUCUUGGUCAGACGAGGACGACGUGGUACGAAGGGCCAACCUCAGCAAUGCCGGACUAGGUGCUUCAGUCUAUUGCAGGGAUGUCACCCGAGCUGAGAAGAUUGCGAGAACUUUGGAAGCCGGCACUGUUUGGAUCAACAUGCCUGAGCAACCACACCCAGGCGGUUUCUUCUCGGGGCAGAAGCAUAGCGGUCACGGCGGUGAGAUGGGUAAACAGGGUCUACUGUCGUACUGUUACACACAAAGCCUACAAUUCUCAAAGGCAGGGGGUAGCAAGCUGUAG